AUGCUGCGACGCGCAGCGCUGUCAUCAGUGCGCAGUGUGUCCCGCCGCACUGCCGUCCAGGGGCUCAAAGCCCUCACUAGCACUGCACCGCACGCGCCCGAGCUCAGUGGUGCAAGACUGCUGUCACGUCAGCGCCCCGUGCAGGCCGCGCACUUUUCGUCCGACGCCUCAGCUCUUUCCGUGCAAAUGCCAGAGCGCAAGUUCGUCGAGCUGGCAGACGAGACGCUGCAUGAUAUCCAGAGCUGGCUCGAUGGCAUUGAAGAGAUGCUGGACGAGUCCGAUGUCAUGUUCUCGCAAGGCGUGUUGAAGAUCGACCUCGGCGAGCACGGAACGUGGGUGCUCAAUCGCCAGGUCCCGAACCGACAGAUUUGGUGGUCUUCUCCCAUCAGUGGCCCUCGCCGGUACGAGUACGACGCUGAAAACGGUAUCGAGAUCUACAGCUGA